AUACAACUUUCUAGGUUCAAUCUUGAAUCAAUUAUGUUAUCCAAAACAAACAUAAUUACCAUGGCAUGGAAUUGAUACAAGACCAUCCAAAGAGCAUGGCAUACUGACCUAGAAUAAAUCAUUAAUAUGGAUCAUAUCCAAUCCAAUUCAAGAUAAAGAAAUUAAUUGUUGCAAAAAGCACCCUUCAAAAAAAAAAAAAAAAGGAAAAAGAAAAAAACACAAUCAUAGAAUGCAAAACCCCCCUUUUCCUCACUAUAAAAACUGAAGCAGAGCACUCUGUUUACUCUGCCCUUCUCACACUCAUUUUCUCUCUCCUCUAACCUUUUUCUCUGAAGAAGAGGGCAGUUGUUGGUUAUUUAGUCAAUUCCAACACUACCCUUUUUCUCUCUCUAAAAAAAACCCUAUUUUUACCUCCAUUUUCCCUCCAAAAUUCCAUCAAUGGCUUCUUCUUCUUCAACAUCCCCUGUUUUUUUACUGCUCUGUUUUUUCACCUUCUUUCUCCUCUGCAAUGGAAACCCUUUCAGAAGCUACCACCACCCCCGCCAUUCUCGCUUCGCUUCUCACAAUUACCGAGAUGCCCUCACAAAAUCCAUCCUCUUUUUCGAAGGCCAAAGAUCAGGAAAACUCCCAGCUAACCAAAGAGUUUCUUGGAGAAAAGACUCUGGUCUUUCUGACGGAGCUCAAGCUCAUGUUGAUUUAGUAGGAGGGUACUAUGAUGCAGGGGACAAUGUUAAGUUUGGGUUUCCAAUGGCAUUUACAACCACAAUGUUAUCAUGGAGUGUGAUUGAAUUUGGUGGCCUUAUGAAAGGAGAACUCCAACAUGCUAAACAAGCUGUUCGUUGGGGUACUGAUUAUCUUCUAAAAGCUACCGCACAUCCUGACACCAUCUAUGUUCAGGUGGGAGAUGCACAAAAGGAUCAUGCUUGUUGGGAAAGGCCAGAAGAUAUGGACACACCAAGAAGUGUAUUUAAAGUUGACAAAAAUACCCCUGGUACUGAGGUUGCUGCUGAGACUGCUGCUGCUCUUGCUGCUGCUUCUAUGGUCUUUAGGAGGAGUGACCGUGCCUAUUCAAGGGUCCUCAUUAGCCGUGCCAUUAGGGUUUUUGAGUUUGCUGAUAAGUACAGAGGGACUUACAGUGAUGGGCUCAAGAGCUAUGUUUGUCCCUUCUAUUGCUCUUACUCUGGUUAUCAGGAUGAGCUUUUAUGGGGUGCUGCUUGGCUACAUAGAGCAACAAGGAACCCAAUGUACCUAAACUACAUUCAAAGAAAUGGUCAAGUUCUUGGUGCUAGUGAAGAGGAUUUUACUUUUGGUUGGGAUAACAAGCAUGUUGGUGCUAGAAUUCUUCUUUCAAAGUCUUUCCUUGUUCAAAGAAUGCAAGGACUCCAUGAAUACAAAAGCCACUCUGAUAAUUUCAUUUGUUCCCUCGUUCCUGGUGCACCAUUCUCCACUGCUCAAUACACUCCAGGAGGACUAUUGUUUAAGAUGAGUGAUGACAACAUGCAAUAUGUAACAUCUACCUCAUUCCUUCUAUUAACCUAUGCUAAGUACCUUAAACGUUCUCGCAUGACCGUGUCGUGUGGUGGCACCGUUGUCACUGCCCGAACCCUUCGAUCAAUCGCCAAAAAACAGGUAGACUAUCUAUUGGGUACAAACCCAAAAAAGAUGUCCUACAUGGUAGGGUACGGACCGAACUACCCGAAACGAAUCCAUCACCGAGGUGCAUCGCUACCGUCGAUCACAUCACACCCACAAAAAAUCACUUGCUCAGCAGGAUUUGAUUUCAUGAACACAGAAUCACCCAACCCAAAUGUUCAUGUUGGUGCAAUUGUUGGUGGGCCAGAUCUUCAUGAUAAUUUCCCAGAUGAAAGGUCUGAUUAUGAACAAUCUGAGCCAUCAACUUACAUCAAUGCUCCUCUUGUGGGUGCCCUAGCUUAUUUGGCUCACUCUUAUGGACAACUCUAAAGUAACCCAAUUAUUUUGGGCACCUUCCCUAAUUACUUUUUUAAGGGAUUUUUUUUUUUUUUUUUUUAAAUUUAAUGAAGUGUAAUUAGUGGGUUUAGGAUCUAAAGUUGGAGCCCCUUGAGAAAAGAGAGUGGUUCUGCCUUUUUUUUUUUAAUUUUUUUUUAAUUUACUACUAAUAUUAUUAUUAAUUUUUAGUAGUACAAUAGUUUGAAGAAUUUAAGGAGAAAUGUUAUUAGGGUGGAAUUUCCUAUUUAACGGGUAAUAUUUGCUGGUUCGUGCCACAAACGGCGUGUUCGUUAUUGUAAAGUCCAUAUUGUCAGUGUUUUGUAUUGGACAUUGGACUUUAUUUUAAUAUUAUAAUAUACUCUUUUUAUCUAAAUUUGCAAAUUGUAGAUUAUUUGUAUAUUACUU